GAGACGUCAGACUGGCGCCACUUCUCACCGUGCUGCAGGGAGGACUAGUGUGAAUGAGUGCUCGUCUUGUCCAUAUUACCGGCGCAAAACUCACUAUUUCACCCACGAUCUGCUAUUUUUGCGUUGUUUUUUUUUUACGUUUACUCGCUGAUCUUUGUACUUCUCCUCUGCUGCAGUAAUGGCUCGUAAGGAUUAUGCGGCAGAGAAAGAUAAGCUGAAGAGGUUCCUGCAGGAGUUUUACACAGAAGAUGAUAAUGGGAAGAAGCAGUUCAAAUAUGGAGCACAACUUGUGGCUCUGGCCCAUAGGGAGCAGGUAUCUCUUCAAGUGGACCUCGAUGAUGUGGCGGAGGAGGACCCUGACCUGGUUGAGAGCAUUUGUGAGAACGCUAAACGCUACAGUGGCCUCAUAGCUGAUGCUGUUCAUGAGCUGCUGCCGGAAUAUAAAGAGAAAGAUGUGGUGGCCAAGGACUCAUUGGAUGUAUACAUUGAGCACAGGCUGAUGAUGGAGCAAAGGGGACGUGACCCUGCAGACACCCGGGACCCACGCAACCAAUACCCACCGGAGCUCAUGAGACGAUUUGAGGUAUACUUUAAGGCUCCCAGCACUGGUAAGCCUAAAGUGGUGCGUGACGUUCGAGCAGACAGCAUUGGGCAUCUGGUGACUGUCAGAGGUAUAGUGACCCGGGCCACAGAGGUCAAACCAAUGAUGGCUGUCGCAACGUACACCUGUGACCAGUGCGGUGCAGAGACCUAUCAGCCUAUCCAGUCCCCCUCCUUCAUGCCCCUGGUGAUGUGCCCCAGUCAAGAGUGUGUCACCAACAAAUCUGGAGGGCGCUUAUACCUUCAGACCAGAGGCUCAAAGUUUGUAAAGUUCCAGGAGCUGAAAAUUCAGGAACAUAGUGACCAGGUGCCCGUGGGAAACAUUCCGCGGUGUAUGACAGUAUUUGCCAGAGGCGAAAACACUCGUCUGGCUCAGCCUGGUGACCAUGUGGCCAUCACAGGGGUCUUCCUCCCUCUGCUGCGCACUGGCUUUGCGCAGGCCACUCAAGGUCUUCUGUCAGAAACGUACAUGGAAGCACACAGCAUCAUACUUAUGAAUAAAACUGAGGACGAUGAACUUGGCAAUGAGGAACUGAGUGAGGAAGAGCUGCGAAGCAUCACAGAUGAAGGGUUUUAUGAGAAACUGGCUGGAUCAAUUGCACCAGAAAUCUACGGACAUGAAGAUGUUAAAAAAGCUCUUCUUUUGCUCCUGGUUGGAGGUGUUGAGCAAGCCCCUAAAGGCAUGAAAAUAAGAGGCAAUAUCAACAUCUGUUUGAUGGGAGAUCCUGGUGUAGCAAAGUCCCAACUGCUGUCAUACAUUGACCGUUUAGCUCCACGAAGCCAGUACACCACUGGACGAGGAUCAUCAGGUGUAGGUUUGACUGCUGCAGUUAUGCGUGACCCUCUGACUGGGGAAAUGACUCUGGAAGGAGGUGCUUUAGUUCUUGCUGAUUUGGGUAUUUGCUGCAUCGAUGAGUUUGAUAAGAUGGCUGAUGCUGACCGCACAGCUAUUCAUGAGGUCAUGGAACAACAAACCAUUUCUAUUGCUAAGGCUGGGAUCAUGACCUCCCUGAAUGCCCGUUGCUCCAUUCUUGCAGCUGCUAACCCUGCCUAUGGCCGCUAUAAUCCUAAGAAAACUAUUGAGCAAAACAUCCAGCUGCCAGCAGCUCUGCUGUCCCGUUUUGACCUCCUGUGGUUAAUUCAAGACAAACCAGAUGCUGAUGCAGAUCUGCGCCUAGCUCAGCACAUCACCUAUGUCCAUCAACACUCCCGGCAGCCGCCCACCCACUUCACCCCCAUUGACAUGAAACUGAUGAGGCGCUACAUUUCUCUUUGUAAGAAGAAACAGCCUGUGGUACCUGAGAAUCUAGCAGACUACAUCACUGCUGCUUAUGUUGAGAUGAGGAAAGAGGCACGUGUUAGCAAAGACACCACCUUCACCUCCGCUCGUACCCUGCUGUCCAUUCUGCGAAUUUCCACUGCUCUGGCUCGCCUUCGUAUGAUGGAUACAGUGGAAAAGGAGGAUGUUAAUGAGGCAAUGAGACUGAUGGAAAUGUCCAAGGAUUCACUUCAGGCUGACAAGUCCACAUCCACAAGGACCCAGAGACCUGCUGAUGUCAUCUUCUCCCUGGUGAGAGAGCUGGCCACAGAAGGUGUGGCGGGCCGUGGAGGUGCCGGAGGGGUGGUCCGUAUGUCCGAAGCCGAGCAGAGGUGCAUCUCACGGGGCUAUACUCCAGCUCAGUUCCAGGAGGCCCUGGAGGAGUACGAGGAACUGAAUGUGUGGCAGAUCAACCACACACGCACUCGCAUCACCUUUGUCUGAACUGACUGAACUUGGUGCUAACUAGAACUUUGGAAAAGUUUUUGAUGGAUUUGCCGAAAUUUUCUAUUAUGCUAUAAUGGGACAUUUUUAUACGUUCACAAGAAUGCCCGUUGAUUUUUAUGUUGUAUUAAAAUACAAGUCACUAUUGUAAAUAUGUAUGCCAUAAGAAGUAUCCAAACUGCAAUGAUCUUUCCAGCUUUU